UCUGAUCAAAUAAAUAUUGUCUGUUACUGUUACACCCUUAUGCCACCUUCUUUUUCUCUCUCCUCUUCACCCUCCAUGAAUGAGCUGAACAACCUAACUCAAACUCCCAUACCCAGAAACAGUCAAACACCCCAUAACCCUCAAAAAAUAUAUUUAUUUUUAGCACAAAUAUUUAUACAAAAUGGCCCUUUUGACUCCAUGAAUUGCUAGUUUUCACGUUCUUGAAAAUGAUGUUUUUGCUUUCUUUGAAUUUAAAAUUCUAUUAAUUUGUUUGUAUCUGAGCUGGGGUUUUCAGUUAAAGCAUAAACCUGCCUGUUGAGGUUCCAAAAUAUCAUUCUCUUUCUAUUCUUUUCCACCUGAAAAAAAAUAAAAAUAAAAAAUUCUCUGGUACCCCUCAAGAAUUUUUCUUCUGAUUUAUGUUCUGUUUGUUCAUUUUUGAUCUGGGUUUCUCUUAUUUCUCAGUUUUAGAGCUCUUUUGAUUGAAAAAGGUGACAUCUUUACCCUUCUGCUGAUGUUUCUUUUAAUGGGUAUUUCAUAUUUUGUGCUUCUGUGGUGGUGAAAUAGUGGAUAUUUAGUUCUUUGUGUUACUGUUCCUUUUCAAGAACUUCUGGUUUUAGUCUUUUUGGUCUAAUUUUGUGUCUUUUUGGGAUUUGAAUGAUGAUGGAAUCUUGGGGUUUUGGAUUGUUAAUGAAGAGUUUAUUUAUAUUGGUGUUGGGAGUUUUGUGUGUUUCUGGUUUUGAUCCUGCAGAUAAUUUCUUAAUAGAUUGUGGAUCAUCUAAAGAUACUGAUGUUGGUAAUAGGGUUUUUAUGGCUGAUAAAUCAGCUUCAAAGUUUUUGUCAACUUCACAAGAUAUAUUAGCUGAUACCCCUUCAAAUUCAAUUACAAAAUCUGAUGAUUCACCCCUUUAUCAAACUGCUAGAAUUUUUACUCAACAAUCCAGCUAUAAAUUCUCAAUUAGCCUGACGGGUAGGCAUUGGAUUCGCCUUUAUUUUUACCCGUUUGUUUACCAAGAUUAUGAUAUGAGUACAGCAAUGUUCUCUGUUUCCACUCAAAAGAAUGUCCUCCUUGGCAAUUUUUCUCCAAAAAAUGUUUCUGUCAAGGAAUUUUCAGUAAACGUUACCUCGAAUGACCUUGUAGUAACGUUCUCUCCUUCGAGCAAUUCAUUUGCUUAUAUAAAUGCCAUGGAAAUUGUUUCUGUACCUGAUGUCCUUAUAACUGAUGAUGCCUCCACCAUUAGUCCAGCUGGGACAUUUAAUGGUAUGUAUGCACAGGCUCUUGAAACGGUUGCUAGGGUAAACAUGGGUGGAUCACUGGUGUCGUUUGAAAAUGAUACACUUUGGAGAACUUGGGAUACUGAUCAAAGUUUCUUGAUGCAGCCGAGUUCUGCUAAGUCGGUUAGUAAGAUUGGAUCCGUAAAAUAUCCAACGGAUGGAGCAACACCAGAUGUUGCACCACCAUCAGUUUAUGGUACUUGUAGUAAAAUGAACGUGGCUGGUACUGGUGACGAUCCUAAUGCUAAUUUUAACGUAACCUGGACGUUCAAUGUGGAUCCUGGGUUCCAAUAUUUCAUUCGCUUACACUUUUGUGACAUAGUGAGUGCAGCUGCCAAUCAGCUGCUGUUUAACAUUUAUGUGAACUCCUGGAACGUGGCUCCUGAUUUUGAUCCUGGUCAGAAAGCUCAGGGAAUUUUGGCCACAGCUUAUUACAAUGAUUAUGUUACUCCAACAGCUAAAAGUAAUAGGCUUAACGUUAGUGUUGGCCCAUCUCGAAGGAGUGCUUAUCCUGACGCCUUUCUAAAUGGACUGGAACUUCUGAAGUUGAAUAAUUCUCAGGGCAGCCUUAGUCAGGUAGCUUCUGUUCCUACUAACCCGGGUUCAAAGGCAAAGAAGAAUGUCGGAGUCAUCGUGGGUGUGUGUGUAGGCGUCCCAGUUGUUUUGGUGAUGGUUGGCAUCUUAUUUUGCAUGCAUAGAAGAAGAAAACAAGAAAAGCUUGCCCAGUCAAAAAUAUGGAUUCCUUUAUCCAUUAAUGGUGGCACUUCACACACCAUGGGAAGCAAGUAUUCAAACGGAACAACUAUAAGUGCUGCUUCAAACAUGAGUUAUCGCGUUCCUUUUGCAGCUUUGCUGGAAGCAACGAGCAACUUCGAUGAGAGUUUGGUCAUUGGAAUAGGUGGCUUUGGGAAGGUAUACAGGGGUGUUUUGUAUGAUGGAACAAAGGUGGCUGUGAAAAGGGGUAAUCCCAAGUCCCAACAAGGUCUUGCAGAGUUCCGAACAGAAAUUGAUAUGCUUUCUCAGUUCCGCCAUCGGCAUCUGGUUUCAUUGAUAGGAUACUGUGAUGAAAAAAAUGAAAUGAUUCUAGUUUAUGAGUACAUGGAGAAUGGGACCCUCAAGAGCCAUCUGUAUGGGUCAGAACUACCAAGUAUGAGCUGGAAGCAGAGGCUGGAGAUAUGCAUCGGGUCAGCCAGAGGUCUGCACUACCUUCAUACUGGCUAUGCUAAAGCAGUUAUACAUCGUGAUGUCAAGUCCGCAAACAUAUUGCUUGAUGAGAGUUUUAUGGCAAAAGUUGCUGAUUUUGGACUAUCCAAGACAGGGCCUGAGCUUGAUCAAACUCAUGUUAGCACAGCCGUGAAAGGGAGUUUUGGCUACCUAGAUCCUGAAUAUUUUAGAAGGCAACAGCUGACAGAAAAAUCUGAUGUUUAUUCUUUCGGUGUUGUUCUAUUCGAAGUUCUUUGUGCUAGGCCUGUCAUUGAUCCAUCUCUUCCGAGAGAGAUGGUCAACUUAGCUGAAUGGGCAAUGAAGUGGCAGAAGAAGGGACAACUGGAGCAAAUUAUAGAUCCCAAUCUUGUGGGCAAAAUAAGACCAGAUUCCCUCAGGAAGUUUGGAGAAACAGCAGAGAAAUGCUUAGCUGAUUUUGGUGUAGACAGGCCAUCAAUGGGCGAUGUGCUGUGGAAUCUGGAGUAUGCACUUCAACUUCAAGAGGCUGUCAUUCAAGAUGAUCCUGAAGAAAACAGCACCAUCCUUAUUGGCGAGCUCUCUCCGCAAGUCAAUGAUUUCAGUCAAGUUGAUGCUGGUGCUUCUGCUGCUCAUAUUGGAACACCAAAUUUGGAUGAUCUCUCUGGUGUUUCCAUGAGUAAGGUUUUUUCGCAAUUGGUCAAGUCCGAGGGUAGAUAAUUAAGUGAAAAAGGUACAUACAGUCUUUAGGUGUUUGUUGAUUCCACUUGUUUGUGGAUCAUAUAAAGUUUGAUCUUUUCUUUCUUUUGUAACAGUUUAUUAUACAAAUUCCCGAGUAUUAAAUAGGAAUGUUAACUUUGAAAAUAUGCAUUGUUCUGCCUGUGGAA